UAUCUUUCACUAAAAACUCAUAUAAACCCCACAGCUCUGACUUCGCCAUUAAUCUUUCUGGUUGCUUAAACUCUUUGAAGUCAUUUAUCCCGCUCAGGAGACAGGGCUUGCUUGCUUGUUCCAGGUGGUCCAGAAUAUCACGAAUAUGCCAGGCUUCCUGGUACACGGUCCUCCAGUGAGGCUAUGCAUGGGCGUAGCAUGUGUCCUGUCCCUUUGGAACACAGUGUCUGCUAUUAAAGAAGCAAAAAAGGAAAAGGUCAUGACCUUCCUACCUGCAACAGUGUCUGGAAAUGAAGUUAAGAAGGAGAAAGCUGGAACUCUCCUUAGUGCAACAGUGUCUGGCCUUGGAGGAGAGGAGAGGAAGGAAAAGGGGGUGGCAUUUCUGGACACCACAGAGCUGCCUGCAAGGUCGGUCGAUCUGUCAGAACUGAACCUGACAGAGCUAGUGAACGGGAUGCUGAGCAGAGCCUUGAAAGACAGCCAGAAAUUUUUCUCCUUGCUGAGCAUCACUUCCUACAGCUCCUUCGCUUUCCACAAGCUUUCUGUGACCAUUUACAACAUUUCUAACCUGAAGACGGUGGACCCAGCCAAAUUCCCUACACGGUACUGCUACUGUUUAAACAAUCGGACCAACGACCUGUCAGAUUUCACAGCCCUACUGGUGGACCUCAUUGGAAAUUCUACCAGCUACCUCACAGAGAUUUUUAAGUCAACCUCUAUCCUUUCAGUGAGUCAAACGAAUGAAUCCGACUGCACCUUCAUCUGUGUGAUGACAGGAAAGGCAGGAAGGAACCUUUCUGACUUCUGGGAGAUGGCGGAGAAAUCUCCUGUCAUCAAUUACACCUUUACCAGCAGCCUGUCUGGGGUUCUGGGUGCAGCGACCAGGGGGACAGCUGUGGCUUCGAAGCUCACACCUGCCAGCCAGGAGACACCACCAAGGACGAGCCCUGCACGCCGAGCCCAGAGCACCGGCGUGUCUGCUCUGAGAACCUCGCCCUGGACAGAGCCAACUCAUCCUUCAGAGGGAGGACAGCAGACCGUGAAUACAGACGGGCUGCCUGAGCUUCUCGCCAGGACCACGGCCGUGCCAGGCAGUGCCACUCCCGUGCUCCCAGCCUUGGCUACCAGGAGAGUGGCCGGAACUCCAUGGGUGACAGCCAACAGGCAGGCCUGGGCUUCUACGACACCAGUGCCCUGGGCUCAGACUGAUGGUGAGAAAACAGCUGGAGGGCCUCCUUGGGGAACACUUUCCUCUAUGUCAACAUUGCCUGCAGAGGCCGUGACCACAAGUGGCCCUUCUGGGCCUCCUGCUAGGACAGUGGCCACGCAUGGCAGCCCAUCCCAGACCAGCCCAACCUCAGGAACGUUCACCCCUGGCACACAGACUCCAAGUCCAACCAAGGCACCAGCCCCCAAAUAUCCACAGACAGGUGAUCUCCCUGCAGCAUGGCCAUUUACCCCUGGAGAAGAGCCAGCCCUGGUCCCAGGACCCCACCAAGUUCAAGUUUCAAGGUGUCCUCAGAGGCUCUUCAAAGAGGGGGCCAUGACAGCUGCUCCUCCCACCCUGGCCAAUCAGAAGCUCAACCCUUGCCUGAUGGAGCUGUGCCGCUUUCUACAGCAGUGCCUCUGCGUGAGCCACAGGAGGGACCCAAGGAUGGAGGCCAUGAGGUACUGUCUUGAAUACUAUUCCUGGUUUCUGAAGAAUGCAACAUACAUCUGUCAGAGGGUGAAAAGGGUGUCCCACUCACACACCUUAAAACAAAUAUGCCUUGAGAAUAUCUGCAAGUCUGUGUGAGGCCUUGAAAAAACAAUGGGACCUAACAGUCAGUUGGAUGACAUCGCCUCACCCAGGCCCAAGAUGGCGACAUUUGCAGAAUUCACCUAAGCUCCAGCUAGAUCAUCCAUUAAUUGAAAGUGGUUCUUUUUGAAAAUAGCGUUUUUUUUCUGUCCUGUGAAUCUGUGGAAGCUAUGGAAGGUGGAAGGCCACAUGAUAGAAGCGCCACAAUGAAUGCAGGAAUGCUAACUCCCCUGCCUGCUCCAAGGUCACAGAAACCUAAUAUCUAUGCUCAAGAAACUUCUAGGAUGAAUGCAGCAAUCGUAAGAAUGUAGAAAUGGCAGGUAGGGAGACACACUAGCGUGAACAACAAGCCAGUCUGGGCACUGGGACUGACACAGUACCUGACUUAAGUGACUUCAACUAGGGACUUUGAGAAGAAAACUGACCCCAUACUCUGCAGACACUCACGUAUGAUUUCUCUAUACAGUUAACUUAAACUUGGUCUGUGCAGCUAAUCAGACUUGCGGCAGCCAGAUAAUCUUCCAAGCCCCCAGAGUCAGAGGGGACGAGAACCUUCCCUAGAUUCCUCGUGGGUGUGUCCCACGGUAUUUGGGGGUCCCCAAGAGUACCCCCACCUGCAAUGAUUCACCAAUAGGAUUCACAGAACUCAGAAAAGUGGCUAUAUUCACAUUUACCACUUAUUAUAGCAAAAGGGUACAGAUCAAGAUCAGCAAAAGUAAAAGGUGCAGAGGGCAGGGUCCAGGACAACCCAGUUGUCCUCUCCAUGUGGAGUCGCAUGGACAGCAUUUAUCCUCCCAGGAAUGAUGCGUGACAACACGUACAGAGGAUCGUCAACCAGAAAACCUACCCGAGCCUCGGUGUCGGGGGUUUUUACUAGGGGUCGGCCAUGUACGCAUUAAAUACCCCCAUGGAUGACCUUAGUUAGUCAACUUUCAGGGACUCCAGAGGUCAGACUGACAUUGCGUGAUUCAAGACCCCUUUUCCCCCACUAUAAAUCACAUUGUUAGCUUAGACUAUGCCGUGGCCCAAAGCCCCAGGUUUGCUCUCUCCGGGGGCCCUGCAAGGACCCCUAAGUUCCUCACUAUGGAGAUAGCUUCCCUCCAGAUGGGCCCGGAGUUUUUGGUGCAAUCUCUCACCUUAGUGCUGCCAGGCCAUCAGGUGCCACCCCUUUGUGAUCUGUGCCUGCCUUUUUGUGAGAAAAGUCGAAACAGUUCCCCCAUCGGGAGACGCUGCCGUGUCUUUGAACUACCUGGGAACGUAGGUUCUUGAGGAAGUAGAGCUUGAACUCUGGAGAGAGAAACAGCCAGCGGCUUCCCUGUCUGGUCAAACACAGAAAGAUUUCUUUUUAGUCUCCAGCACUGGAGAGAACUUUAAAGUUAUGCAAAUAUCAAGCACAUAAAGAUCUGUUGUCAUGAUUUGGGGGCCCAGGAAUGGGCCCUCUCGUUUGCAAAGCUGCGGAGGGUACAGGAAAUUUGCUGGGGCACCAGGGACGCAUAUCUGGAUGGGAAUCAAGAAAACAGCCCCAUUCAUCAGGUGUGUGGGUUAAUCUGACGGACGAAGUUGAUAUUAAUCAAAGGCCUCUAGCAGGAAAGGAUUCUGGAUGUUUCCCAAAGAGUAAUUUAUCACCAGAGAGUGAGGACUGAUGACUUGGCCCCAAUACCCAGCUGUCCGCUUGGGGGACGGCCUGUGUGGACUCAGCCUCCCCACCCUUUGGGGAUAAUCACUGAGCACCACUGUAACUUGUAAGAGCCCAGAUGUGGAGGACCUCGGAGGCCCGUGCACGGCUCUGACCUCGCAGAGGGGACAAAGGCUCAGAGGACCACAUGGGACUGGUUUUCUAGGGUCAUGCCAGCAGGUCUGGCAGGAGGAAAACGGGCCGGAGAGCCAACGGACCAGAGCCUGAAAUCCACAGUCUCCUGGAGUUUAAGGGGGACUUCCCCCCACCUUUAACUGAAUAAGUCCUGAUUGGGGGGUGCUUAGGGCAAUGGGGAGGCCUCAGGGUGCUCCCACACUGGAGUUCCUACUUAUUUGUGCAUGUGUGGCCACCAGUGCUUCACUGAUGAGCUCAAAGAGAUGGGACAGUUAUUGUCCCCCAGCUGAUGAAGGAGACUGUAGAGUUACACGGGUGUCAU